AUGGAGAUGGAAAACAUUUACGAAGUGGUGCAUCCACCAGACCAGGACAUCUACUCUGUUAUCACAGCAGUGGGGAAACAGCCUGCAAAACACAUAGCAAACACGACUGUGAAGAAAGCCAGUUCCUGCAAGUGCGCUGCUGUGGGUUUUGCUGUGCUGUGGAUCCUCUCCGUGUCCGUCCCCCUGGGCGUGAUCUUUCUCAGGAAUGCAGAGUAUGCCAGCCUCUUUCAAAAGUAUUCUGACCUGCAGAAUCACCUGAAGAACUAUACAGACAUGACAGAAAACUGCACAGCUGUGUGGAAGUGGAUCCUCGGUGCUGCAGUUGAUAUGACUCUGGACCCUGACACAGCACAUCCCAAACUCAUCCUGUCUGAGGAAGGGAAGCAAGUGAGUCUUGGAGAAAGACGACAGGCUCUCCCUGACAAUCCAGAACGAUUUGAUUAUGUUGUCAGUGUCCUGGGCAGGCAGAGCUUCACCUCAGGGAGACACUACUGGCAGGUGGAGGUGGGGGAGAAGACUAAGUGGGAGUUAGGGGUGGCCAAAAAGUCCAUCAACAGGAAGGGGGUGAGUUCACGGAGUCCUAGGAGUGGUUACUGGACUGUGAGGCUGAGGGAUGGAGAGUACGAGGCUCUGGCUGACCCCUCUAUCCCCCUCCCCCUGAGCCUGAAGCUCCGGAAGGUGGGGGUGUAUCUGGAUUAUGAGGAAGGGCAGGUCUCCUUUUACAAUGUGGAGACCAGAUCUCACAUCUACACCUUCACUGACACCUUCACUGAGAAGCUCUAUCCAUACCUCAACCCUUCUCUUAAUACAGAUGGUAAAAACACAGCCCCGCUGAUCAUCCUCCCUGUCAGUGAUAGAGAUUGAGUAAAGUGGUGUAUCUGUAUGACAGCCUAUACCAGCACUGAUAAUCCUGUUCACUGCAUUAUUACUUGCCCACCUCUUUCUUUGUCUACCUGUAAUUGUUUUACCGAUUGGCACUGUCAGUAAUUAUGAGCUUGACAAAACUAUGGGAGCGCCCGUCACAUUUAACACACCCCUGUGACUUGCGCACAUGGACUAUUCCUCACAUGCCUGAUUCAGUUGUGUGGCACCAGCCGUCUCAUUACUGUGCUGACCCUCAUCACGGCCCCCAUUGCGUUGAA